AAAUAGAAGGCGCCCCAAGAUGCUCCUCCAACAGAACUUCGCCACCCGCAACCAACUCUCUAAGUAUUUCGGCUUUGGAGAGCAAAGAUGCCUCAGACGCUCAAGCUGGCCGGCAGGGCAUCCUUGCUGGCGAGGUGCUUCCCUGAGAUUUGGGCUGAUCCUGUCCUCAAAGCUCCGGUCAGGGUGAUCAAAAGCCACAAGACCCUGGACGAGAUGCCAGGACCCAGCGCUCUGAGCUUCUUCAGCGACCUCUUCUGCAAAAAGGGGCUGUCACGGCUGCACGAACUCCAGGUAAGCUUUUACCAACGUGAAAGUAAAGGGUGUUGAAUAUCCUCUCCCCCAGUUUUUCGUUCUUUUUUUUACCAUUGAUUUAUCUAGGGUCGUAUGUUUAUGGCAGGAAAGGCACAUUAAAACGGUCGCUAAGUUCUUCCUCUUAGUGCCUUGAGGCUUGAAAACUUUUCUAGUCACAUCUGCAUAAAUUUAGUAGUGGACUGGUUUGGUUUCAAAGGGUAGGAGGAGAUGCAAAGUAGGGUUUUUCUUUUUCUUUAGUGCGAAGUGUCUCUUGAAUCAGAUGGUGGGGCUGUAGAAUUCUGCAAGCUUUUGAGUUUCACAGAAAUCUUCCUCUGUGGAAUGUAAUAACAUUACUGUAUGUGCAAACUUCGAUUCAUUAAAACACACACAUACUGCAUGUUGGAAGUGUAGAUUUUGGCGAAUGUCCUUAAAAAUAGUUCAAAAACUGGUGGUACCCCAGUUUUUCUUUCUCUGUUACCUUGGCUCCAUCAAAAAAUUUGUAAGCUUGAAUGUGGUGAGGUAACCAGAUAUUUUUCAUCCUGGAGACUAAGGAGAAAGUGAGCCUCAAAGUUAAGGUCAAUUCCUUUAAAAAUUCCAGGAGAUUCUGAUAAAGAACGCUCCAACACAUCUGUUGAAAAUCCUGACUGUAUCUAUAUAUCUGUAUCUACAUCUAUAACUAUAUCUUCGAUGAGCACUGGAAAUUUCGUUCCAAAAGUGACAAGAACAAGGCAUUGCAAACAUUAAAAAGUUUCCCAGGGAUGUCAGGGAUGGGAAACCUGCAGCCCUCCAGAUGUUUCUGGAUUCUAACUCUCACCAACAUCAGCCAGCAUAGUCUGUGGCUAGGGAUGAUGGGAGUUGUAGUCCGAUAGCAUAUGGAGAGCCCUCAAUUUCCCAUCCCUGCUGAAUGGGAGCAUAUUUUGUUUUACUUUGUUUAUGCAAUUUAAACACAUGCCCUGCAAGGAGAAUAAAACGAGGUACAAGGAUCUUCCCUCAGGUGUACUUAACAUUUCCGAUGAACACCACUCGUCUCCAUCCAGGCUUGUAAAAAGCUAUUUAAAUAAGGUAGACUAAGCUUUCCAUUCCUUGGCUUGCUUGUCAACACAGCCCUGUGAAAGUUUGGCAGUAAGCCAAGUUGACACAACUCUAGGUGUUUCAUUCUUUUUUUGCUUUGCAGUGUAAACCAUUGGUGUCCUAUAAUACCAUCUCUGUGUGUUUAAAGCCCACACUUCUGCCGCGAUGUGUAUAAAUGGAGGCAGUUUAACCCAUAAUGCUUGCUUUGACUGCAUGUGUGGAAUGAACAUGACAAAUGUUGUAUGAUUUAGUCAUCUUGACAAGAAUGUUAAAACCUUUUCUUUUAAAAAAAACUAAAAAUGAUCAUUAUAUUAGCCUUUCCUUGCUCACACACGUUCUGAAAGUGUGAGAAUUGCUUGAAGCGGAGGACGAAUCUUAAUUGGCCAGUUCACUAAUCUGGUGACAAUUUCCGUGCCUUGUACUCCCAAAACUUACUUGCCUUCCAACUUUGUUGAUAGCUUUAUACUGUACAUUCAACAUGAACAGGAAUGUAUAGUUCAACAGACCUUUGUGGGAAUUUAGGCAUAGAGAAAGUAACUUGGGCGGCAAUCCGAGGCAGGUAUGUUUACUCAGAAGUUAGUCCCACUGAGUUAUUGGGACUUACUCCAAUGUAGUCUUUCCCCUUCUUUUACCUUCUAAUAAACAUAGUUUUAUAGAUUCCCAAUAUAUAACAACAAUUACAAAAAAGGAAAAUAAAUACAAAAUCCCAACUUAUUCCCUUCCCUGCUCCAAGGUGGAGCAGUCUAAUUUAAGUUUGCCAAAGUCUAAUCUGCGUCCCAAUGUAGUCUUAUGCACACAAAAUCCCAUUGAAAGGGAGAGUAAGGCAGGUGUUUAAGACUGCAGUUACAUAGGUAAAGGUAAAGGGACCGCUGACCAUUAGGUCCAGUCGUGGCCGACUCUGGGGUUGCGGCGCUCAUCUCACUAUAUUGGCCGAGGGAGCCGGCGUACAGCUUCCGGGUCAAGUGGCCAGCAUGACUAAGCCGUUUCUGGCGAACCAGAGCAGCGCACGAAAACGCCAUUUACCUUCCCGCUGGAGCGGUACCUAUUUAUCUACUUGCACUUUGACGUGCUUUCGAACUGCUAGGUUGGCAGGAGCAGGGACCGAGCAAUGGGAGCUCACCCCAUCACGGGGAUUCGAACCACCGACCUUCCGAUCGGCAAGCCCUAGGCUCUGUGGUUUAACCCACAGUGCCACCCGCGUCCCGCAGUUACAUAAUAAGGGGCUAAUCCUUGCUUCUUCUUGUCCUGCUGCUUGCUGCUUUCUUUAGCGCUCAAAGUAAGCCCCAUGAACUCAGUUUCAGAAUAGGCAUGUAUAGGGUUGUUCAGUAAUUUCCUUCCAUAUCAGUGGCACUUGAAAUGUGUUGAACCUUUCCCUGGAUAGUGUUCUGUUGUGAGGAUGAGCAUGAUACAGCUUGUAAAGCACAAUUUGCAUGUGAAAGUACUAUGUAAAUGAAAGGUUGCUUUUAUUUUUGUUUUUUGCUGAAACGUAACUCAGCAAUGAAUAACUUCCCCUUUGGGCUGUAUCAGGUGUGAUGGUUGGAACCGUGAGUGAGACUGAAAGCUUCUGUUUGAAACAGGCCCCUCCCAAACCUAAUUAAGGCAAUGAAUCAUUCAUUUAGCUUACUGUAUCUGGCUUCAGCACCGGAAUAACGCAUGCUGCGUCUUUAUACAAUUUACUUGGGCUCCUGAUGCCCCAGAGCUAUGCCAGGAUGUCAGAGUGAGAUUUCUUGUGGCAGUUUCUAUGAUGUGGGGUUCUUGCAACAGAGCUUCCUGUCCCACCCACACCUCCAGAAAAGGCACCCACUUCUCAGUGAUGGAAUCACAGAAACGCAAUCCCGUUUGUAGGUCAGCUGAUCACCACGACUGCUCUAUAGGGCCAUAAACAGCAAACCGUUUUUGCCAGAGAGCCAGUGCACUGUGCAAGGGCUGAAUGAGAUCUCUUAACUCUCACCAUGCAAAGAAGUCUAUCUCAAUUAAUUAAUUAAUUCCACUUCUGUACCACCCUUCACCUGAAGAUCUCAGGACAGUUCACAAGAUAAAAAUACAGGAUACAAGCUCAAAUCAAUAGUUAGAACAAAAACAAAACAAUACCCCUCCACCCGCCAAUACUGCUUCUCUGCCCUGGUAUGAGGGGACUGAAAUUCAGUGCUCAAAGCCUUCCUAGUAUGGGAACAUGGUAUUGUGCAAAGCUUCACCUGUUGAAUAUGUGCCUUUCAUGCAGCUGUUUUAAAAGACUGGUGCAGUUCAGAACAAGAACCAUGCUGGUGGUAACAUCACCUGCAAUCUUCUUUCUAUAUACGAUUGGAAGCAAUCCAGCAAGUGAGAUUAAAAACGUGUGUGCGUGGACCAUAGUAAGCAGGGAGGGAACUAGACUUCUCUUCUUGGUGUGGAACCCUCCUAGAGCGUUCUGUGUUAUCUAAUAAGUUUUCCUCCUGCUUCUGUCCUAGAUCGAAGGCAAAACCAAGUAUGGCCCAAUGUGGAAGGCCAGCUUUGGACCCAUCCUGACGGUCCACGUUGCGGAUCCCAGCCUGAUUGAGCAGGUGUUACGGCAAGAGGGUAAACACCCCAUUCGCUCCGCCAUCUCCUCCUGGAAGGAUUAUCGGGAGUGUCGAGGCCAUGCGUAUGGGCUCCUUACUGCGUAAGUGUUAAUUAUUCUUCUUCUCUCUCUCUCCACGUGGGGCUGAGGGGGACAGAUGUUGCAGGAGAGAGAUUUCAUUGUCUAGUCAAAAGAGAAUCCUUUUUAUCCUCUUUAUUUAUACCAUGACAAUUUGGAAUUUGCACGCUGGUGUGGGGCUUGUGAAGCCCAUUCAGCAGCUCUCUCUAGUCUUGUCUGGAAGACUUUCAAGAUGAUCUUCGUUACAUGGAGCCAUGUGAUGUGGAGGCCAUUUUGGGAGCGAUCCUGAGACCCUACCGUUUCCCAUGGGCUGCUGGAUAGAAUUGAGAGCCUGGGAAACGGUGUGGGAUUGGACAUGGUUUUCAGUUCCUGUGCCAUGAAAAUUUAUGAAAGUCCCCAUAGUAGGCAGUUACAUAAUCUACCACCUACACGCGGUGUGUAAGCAGCUGGCUUUAAAGGAGUUGCACAUAACGUCCAUUUCCUGCUCUCCCUGUCCUAUACGGUAUUUGGCACUCUUCCCUGAUGAAUGAAGUAGCAACCACUUGACUCUUACACAACAGGGGAGGGGAAACCUGUGAAAAUACAGCUCUGAUCUCCCCCAGCCAACGUAGUCAGGCGUGAUGCGAGAUCUGGUCUAGUAACAUCUAGAGAGCCACAGCUUUUACAGGGCGGACAACCUACAGCAGAGACCUCUGGCAAUCCUAAACGGGAGAAUUAAGGCCUUUAGGCCUGACAUUGGUGUGCAGGUCUACAGGAUUGCCGGGUCUCCUGUGAGACAUUGGCUGGAGCUGAGGAAGUAGAUAGAGCCCAAUGACACUUGCCAAGAGAGGGCACCUGUGUCCCCUGGAGUCCUUGAGAAGGAUGCUAAAGCCCUGACAUUUUAGCUCAAGGGCUUAAGACCUGCAACUCUAGCUUGACUUGUCUUGCCUAGUGCUACCUUGUGGACUGCUCCGUAUCUGAGGUGAAGAUUGGUCAGGGCAGGCCUGUUUAUGUUCUCACAUGCACCAGAGUGACAUUCCCCCACACUCUAGACAGGUGGCAGGCUUGCCACUUGUCUGCCACUGUGGUAAGAGUUUGGGCCGAGGAGUCGGACAGGGCCAGAGCUCUGGUGCGUCAUCAUCACCAUAAAGCUGGGAUGGGGGGAAGAGUCUCUCUCCAAAGUGCCGCUUUCCAAGGAAAGAGCUGCAAUGUUUGCAAGCUGCUCCCUGAGCAACAAUCCCUGGCCUGACUCUUAUCAGCAGUUUCACAGAAGUUCUCUCCGUUAUCGCUUUGCUUGGGUUUUGUACUGCUCCUUCGGGAGCCUUUAACUCCAGAUUCUGAGCUUGCCUUUCCUACUGUAGAGCACCGGUGUGGUAAACAGAUAAAAGGGGGUCCCCCUUCCCCACCUUCCAUCCGUUUUUUGCAACCCUGCUCGCUGCGGUUUCCUGUUCCUCGCUCUCGUGGUUUUUUUAUUUCCCGGAAAUGUGUCAGGCAGGAACUGUGGGAUCCUUCCGGGGCUUGCACAAAAGUGCCAGCUGGGAGUGAGAAAUAGCUAGAGCAAUUCUAUGACUCAAGGCUCCCCUUGGUGGGCGUUUUCUCAUCAGCUGGGCUGCUGCUUCUGCAGUUUAGACACAGGAUGUGAGUAAUGAGGAGAAGCGGAAGAACAAAGCCACUGGCAGUUUUUCUCUUUCGAAGCACCGCUCAUCAAUUUCAGCGGGACUUUUAUCCUUCCCUUGUGCAGGGAACAUGCUUAGAUUCCCAAUGCUGAGGACUUGGGUUCCUUUGUUUUGAGGUGCUUGUGGCUGCCCCGUGCACGGGGUUUGGACAGGUCUCCUGCCCAGGGAGCUAACAGAGGCCUCUCUCUUCCAUGCAGGGAAGGCGAGGAGUGGCAGAAAACUCGCAGCCUCCUUGGGAAGCAUAUGCUGAAGCCCAAAGAAGUGGAGUCCUACACUGGCACUCUGAACGAUGUGGUCAGUGAUCUGAUCCGACGGCUGGAGCACCAGCGGAGUUUCCACGAUCAGCAUGUGGUCAAGAAUGUGGCUGACGAAUUUUACAAGUUUGGAUUGGAAGGUAUGUGUUUUGUUUACCGCAUUUUGUGUGUCACCCUAGUAAACCGCGCAGCCCAGAGUUAUAUCGGUUGACAUUUAAGCAUUGGGGGAAGCUGGGAUUAAUCUUUUGUUCUUGCUGUGACAGCUAAGGUGGUCAUUUUGAGCAGGUUCUGGGUUGGAUUUGUUUGGGAAUGUUUUUUGUUUUAGGACAGGGUGAUAAUUCAGUGAGAUUAUGUCAGGAACACCUUUCUCCCCUGCCCGUCUCCUGCAGUGCCUCAUUCAACUCUGCUCCUGCAAAGCUGCAUUUGCCACUUCACAAAACCUCAGAACCUCUCCUGGUGUCCCUACUUCCAAAUUAUUUUCGUACCAUAAGCCAGAACAAUGUGUUCUGCAGGAACUGGCACUGAAUGCAGAAUCCUCCGGCAUCCUUUUAAAAAAAAAUCUCGGCUUUCAUUUUUGUUUCUUAAAUGACAACAAAUUCUAAGUUUUUAGCCCUUGUGGCUGUAAAGAUGGACCUGAAAGGAGAAGCCAAAGUGUGAGGUGUGAAGGAGGAUUUACUAGAGCCAGGAGCUGGGACUAUUGUGCUUUACAUAGUUAAUUGAUCUUUCAAUUAACUGAAUUGGCUUAGUUUGCAUGAAUUGCAAAAUCCAGAUCUUGCAAUAGAAUUCUGAGAAUUUUUGGGGUUGACCAGGGAGCUGCUCCACCAACACAUUCACAAUAUUGAACUGUGCUUAUAUGGAUAUAUUAAAAGAGUUCUCCCCCACCCCCACACACCUGUCAUUCACCAUGGAUGUGCCAAACAGGUAUUGUGAAAGAUCCAUAUCUUGGUCUGACUCAAGUUGUUGAAGUGUUGUUGAAGAGCUGGGGAAAUCUGUGGCCCCCGUAGAUGAUGUUGGACUCAAACUCCCAUCAGCUCCAACCAGCAGGACCAAUGGUUAGCGAUGAUAGGAGCUGGAGUCCAACAACGUGCAGUGUGGCCACAUGUCCCCCAUCCCUAUUGCAGCAGAUGUUUAUUAGAGUCCCCCUGAAAGUCACAUCCACACGGUUGGGGAAAGCAGCAAAAGGAGCCAGGCAAGAUAGCAUCUCCUCUCGUGGCUUAAUCGAUUUAAUUGCUUUUGUUCUAGGCAUCUCUUCCGUCCUCUUUGAGUCCCGCAUUGGUUGCCUGGAGCCCAAAGUCCCCCAGGAAACGGAGAACUUCAUUAGCUCCAUCAACACCAUGUUCAUCAUGACUCUGCUGACGAUGGCAAUGCCCAAGGUCUUACAUCGCAUCUUUCCCAAGCCAUGGCAGAAGUUCUGUGAAUCCUGGGACUAUAUGUUUGAAUUUGGUGAGUGUUGCCACCAGAGCUUGUCAGAACCUUGAAGAGGAGCUAAAUGGCCUGUUGUUGUAGCACCAAUCAGAAUCUUUGUCGCUCACUAAGCAAGCUUGGCAUAAAUCGUAGCAUUUCAUUCUCACUACACCUGUGUGUAUGUGUGUUGGGGUUAUUUCUGCUUCCUGCAAGAAGUUGCACAGUUUUUGUUGUGCUUGGAGACUACAGGUUAAAUGUAUGUGUUGCUUAAUUCCACAUGGCUCUGAAGGGUGGUUUAAAACUGAUGCAACCACCGUUCCAAUUCUGGAAAGAAAAGAUUAAUCGACGUAGGUUUUAAUAGCAGGACCAAGAAAGCCACCUGCAACACUUACCAAUAAUUACAUGGCAGAGAAGGCCUUCGUAAAAGGAAUCUUUUUAUAGGGUUUUCUAGAUAUUGAUAGGAUCCAGAUUUAAUAACCACCUUUUUCCAGAAAUGCAUUAGUACUGAUGCCACUGGUAAAAACAAACCACUAGAUUCACUUCUGGGGGAGAAGCCACGACUGUUAAACAUGUGAUGAGGAUGUGACCCAUGCAUAAGCAGCCAUUUAGCCUCCUUGCGGCUAGAUCAUGCAGCAACUCUCCUGUCUAGAUAGCAAUGCCAUGAGAAUUCAAAGAAAGGGCAGCCAAGAAGCCCCUGAAAUAACUGUUUGAGCUGCCUUCCUGCAAGAAGCAAUUGGCCCAGGCUGAUAUGUCCGCGACGGGUGACUGAAUGCCUUGCUUGGCGGCUCUCCCUGGAGAGCAAGUGCUCAUCUCGUGCCAAUUCCUUUCCAGCCAAAGGACACAUUGACAAGCGGAUGGCUGAGGUUUCGGAGAAAAUCUCACGGGGGGAGAAGGUGGAAGGAAAAUACCUGACUUACUACCUGGCACAGGAGAAGCUGUCCAUGAAAUCCAUCUAUGGGAACGUGACUGAGCUUCUGCUAGCUGGCGUGGACACGGUAAGCCUUUUGGAAAACACUGGGGGGGGGAGCGCUUCUUACAGGAGCAGGCUUCCCCCCCCCUUACACAAUUGGGCACUAAGUGAAGUAGGUCUCUGAGAUGGAAAAAUAACAGAAGGACCUGGUAGUGGCUGGCUGUGCUUUCCUGUGAGACAGACAGCGGCUUCUGAUAACCCACUCUGGUUAACAGUGCCAUGCCAUGGAAUCCUAUGUACUGACCCCUAGUUUGAGGAUUUUCUUUGGCCCUUGUGCCUCUUUUUCACUUCUAUCUCCUUUUGCAGGAGGGCAAUUUUACAGCUAUUAAAGGUAAAGGGACCCCUGACCAUUAGGUGACCGACUCUGGGGUUGCGGCGCUCAUCUCGCUUUAUUGGCCAAGGGAGCCGGCAUACAGCUUCCGGGUCAGGUGGCCAGCAUGACUGAGCCGCUUCUGGCGAACCAGAGCCGUGCACAGUAAUGCCAUUUACCUUCCCGCUGGAGCGGUACCUAUUUAUCUACUUGCACUUUGAUGUGCUUUUGAACUGCUAGGUGGGCAGGAGCAGGGACUGAGCAACAGGAGCUCACCCCAUCGCGGGGAUUCGAACCGCCGACCUUCUGAUCGGCAAGUCCCAGGCUCUGUGGUUUAACCCACAGCACCACCCACGUCCCUUUUACAGCUGUUAAGUGGAGCUUAAUUUGAGCCCGGAACUUAUUUUCUGUUCCAAGGCCUAGCCCUAGAAUAUGAAGUAGCUGGGUUUUUGUUUUUGUUUUAAAAGAACACCUCUAUGCAAAUACAAAGUAAGUUUCCUGGUUCUGGGGCAUGGGACGCUGCACACACCUCUUUCUCUCUCUUGGAACGAAGGCUAGAAACACUCCCUUUCUCUUAAUUGGUAAUAAUUGCAGCAUAAUAUCUUGGCUGUUCUGUGCAAUGUGAUUGGCAGAACAAGAACCCUAUAUCCCCUUACCCUAUUGAACUCAAUGGGACUUUAACUUCUGAGUAGGCACGUAUAGGAUUGCCCUGCUAAUAUUUACUCUUCUGCCAUGCAAAGGAGGAAUAACUCUGCUGCAGAAAUCCCAUUCUGACUGGGGUCCUACUCCUAAUAGCCUAAUGAUGAACCCUGUCCUGGUCUCUAUCCCUGCAGAUCUCGAGCACUUUGUCCUGGAGCCUGUAUGAGUUGUCCCGUCACCCGGAGGUGCAAACAGCCCUCCACAAAGAAAUUGCAGCAGUGAUGAAGGGCAAUGCCAUCCCAACGGCAGCUGAUGUAGCCCAAAUGCCCUUGCUGAAGGCGGUGGUGAAGGAGGCGCUGAGGUGAGCCUCAUUUUGGGAACAGAUGGGAGAGUACAUGGGGAGGUUGCUUGCUGAGGUUGCUGGGGGAAGCAUAAAAUGUGACCAGGUCUGCCAUUGCCUAGAAUACCACUAUCCCACCAACCUUAUCCUGAGAUUCCUGCAUUGCAGGGGGUUGGACUAGAUGACCCAUGGGGUCCCUUCCAACUCUAUUAUUCUGUGACAUUGGCCAUGCUGGCUGGAACUGUUGGGAGCUCUAUUCCCAACAACAUCAGCAGAGCACCAGGUCGAGAAAAGUCAGUCUAAUCCUUUUAAAAGUUGCAUUGAAGCUGACAUUCAGGUGAGGACCAAGGAUGGAGCCUUAGGCAGCUAUAUAGGAAAAGGAGGCAGAUUCCCUGUGAUUUGGCCACUGGCAUUCAUCCUGAUGAUCCUAAAGGCCAGGAAGAUUUAAACUUAUCUGCUGCACUUUUCUAGCUCUGUGCACCUAAGUAAGAAAAUCGGGUGCUUCCUUUGGGCUGCAACAGCUGCAGCAGCAUAGUCACUUAGCCAGCUGGGAGAUUUGCACUCAAACAGGAAAAGGUUAGGGAGCUGAGUAAACAUUGCGACAUGUUGUGGGGAAUCAAUUCCUUUAUAUUCACUUUGGCUGCUCUGUUUUCCUGCAGGUUGUACCCUGUGAUUCCUGGCAAUGCACGCGUCAUCUCAGACAGGGACAUCCAAGUGGGAGACUAUCUGAUCCCCAAAAAGGUGAGCGUGUUACAAAAUUGGAUGCAAAGAGGGGAUGGGGACGGAUGAUAGCCAUCGUUCUCUGGGUGGAGCUAAAGAGAAGCAGUAGCUUUAAGAAGGCAACAUCCAUUCUGGGAUAUACAUGGCUCCUAAAGGGCCAUAGCUCAGUACUUGCUUUGUAUGCAGAAGGUCACAGGUUCAAUGCCCCAGCAGCUCCCAGAACGGCCAGCCAAGACUUGUGUCUGAAGUCCUGGAUAGCCACUGCCAGUAGAUGUAGACAAUGCUGAGCUGAAUGGACCAGCACCAUGACUUGGUAGAAGGCAUCUUCCUUUGUUCAUAAAGGAAGCAAGCCUGGGAAGUGUAGCUUGGCUUCCUUGCUUGAGUCCUCUGGAGCAUUCUGGCUCUGCAGUGCAUCUGCUUCUGGCACACUGUGGUCCUCAGCUGCAUAGGUUGGUGGUGAGCAGAUGGCCCUGGCAGGCGGAAUUGCCUUGUCUUCUGCUUCAUCCUACCCAAUGCUCCUCUGGCCUAUGAUGUGCAACUGCUCCUUUAGGUCAGCAAUGCUGCAGGCAGAGAACUGCUGCAAAUCUGGAGUAGGAAAUCCCAACACUUACAAUAUCUGGCCAAGAAAACCCGUGUGUGGAUCAGGUGGUCAUUGCUUGGAAGUGUUGGACAUGCACUCAAUCUGUGCAGGGUCCUGAAGAAGUCUUAAAAGCAAGCCUGGCAGGUGAACCCAAGUGAAUGGAAUAUGCAUCCUUUAAAAAAAAUGCUUCUCAGCAUCCUCUUGCAACAUCUCAGGCACAUAGGUAUCCUCAGCAAACUGAUGCACGUGCAAAGGGGUCCUUGCAGGAGGGAAAACUAGUGCAGGAGGAAGAGGAAUGGCAGUAGAGAUGCAGGCAGAAUGAGGUUAAGGCUGCAGCGCAAAAGCUUUGCUCUCCAAAUGAGAAAGGGAGGAAGCCGUUGAAGGAGGACUGGGAUGAAGCUAUGAAGGCAUGCUUCUUAGGGAUGGGUCUUUUGACCACGUGCACCCUAAACCUAGGGUCCCUGGGCUGUUUGCCUCAUGAUGUUCCCUUUCCCUGCUCUUUCAGACCUUGAUCACCCUCUGCCAUUAUGCUACGUCCCGUGACGCGAAGUACUUCUCCAAUCCCAACUCAUUCCAGCCAGAGCGAUGGCUGCGAAAGGACGAUGCUCACCACCCGUACGCCUCUAUCCCCUUCGGCUUCGGCAAGCGCAGUUGCAUUGGACGACGCAUUGCAGAGCUGGAAGUGUAUCUCGCCCUGUCUAGGGUGAGUGUCUGCAAGGAGAAAACCCUAGAUCAAUAUUGAUGGCCCCUAAGGGGCUGUUUUCAUCUUAUGGAACUGAGAUGCAGUGGGUGGGUUUAUCCCCAAAGCCCUGUUCUUGGAGGGACAAGAGGUUGCAUUCACCUUCUGCCAGCUUUUACACCACCAUCCCUCUUGCUGAUCCUGGUCCUUCUUUAAAGGGACCAGCACAGUCAGGUAGAAGUUUGGCAGGAGCCAAAUCUAGUGGGCCUAGAUUUGCAAGGUUUCCUGAAUCCCAGUGGAAAGUGAAUGCAUUCAGAUCUUGUCUCUCUUGCUCUCCUCUGGGCAAGCACCUUGAGCAUCUCCUUUGGCCUUUUUCCAGAUGACAUCUUUGUUUUAUGCCUUGCUGUUCCUUGCUCAGUAGCUGCCCUGCUAACAAGCCAUCGCUCCUCUUGUCUUGCAGAUCCUGAUGCAUUUUGAAGUGAAGCCAGAACAAGAUGGCCACAUCGUGAGACCCAUGACACGCACUCUGCUGGUUCCAGAGAAGGAAAUCAAUCUGCAAUUUCUGAGCCGCUAAUCAGGACGAAGCAGAACAACUGAUGCUGGUCUUCCCAUCAAAGCACACUAGACCUUGAGGCUGGGUGUGACAAAGCUAAUCUUCUGGAUUCUUUGGAGUCUGCUUGAAGAACGGCUGUAGAGCAGUGACAUUGACUGAAGUCAGGCAAAGGGGCCACUGGUGCUUCCUCUCUUAAGUGGCACCCUCCGCUGUGUCUUGGAGGUCUUGCUAAAGGUGAUUUCUCCAGAGCCAGAGUUUUCCAGCACAUUAUAUAGAGUAUCAAUGUGCACUUAAAAUAAACAGAGGGGAACUGUGGGAAGAGCAGUUUUGCUCUGAAACGUACCUGCUUUUCUCACUCAGUUUGAUAGUUCCCAGAACUUUCGGGAAAUCGGAUGGAGAGCAAGGAGCCCAGUAACCCAGUGGCAGGUGUGACUGUACUGUAUACCAAACUGCCAAUGUGAUAUCUGUGCAACUGUGAGUUCAUGUGUGUGUGCCCAAUGCUCCAUGACAGCAACCUCAAGGAAGGCCAUCCAAAAACGAGGCAAUACGGGCGAAGUUUUUGCAUCUUCUCCACCGCAACAUUGUCCAUUAGGUGCCAUUGGCAUAUGUAAAUCGUCCAUAUUAGAUCAGUGUUGGAUCACUGUCAGAAUGCAGUCACCCAGGUUAUCUCUCGCUUGGAUCUUGAAAGUGAUAUUUAGUUUCCUUCUCAGGGUGGAAAAGCUGGUUUCUAGAUGCAGGGACAGUAUUUAUAUCCCCACCCAGGUGUGUGAAAAGACCCCCAAAAGCAAGCCAAACUUCAUUUCAAAUUAUAUGUGUUUUUUUUAAUCACUGAAGUUGAGGCAGUUAUACAGAUCUUCCCUGUUUGGAGCUGUGGGAAUGGAGAACAGGAAUAUAUUUAAGAGCCUUAUUAUUUAUUAUUAUUAAUAUUGUUAUUAUGCUAAUCUUUUGUAUUUUAAAUAUAAUCAUUUAUAUUUAAUACCCUUCCCCUACAUAUUUAUAUUUUUAUAACCUAUAAAUUAUGUGUACAAAUGUUCUGUAUUUUAAAAACAGCUGCAUCAGAACAGUUCCUG